AUGUAACCAUAUGAAAUCCCUGCUGGUUUGACUCUGAGCCAGCUGAUAAUCACCGACUAAUCUCGGUGCUGGCGGAUUCCACCCGGAUUACAAGGGCAUGUGUCUCUGUGUCAGAAUGGGUGUGACGCCUGCUGAGGGUCUCGGGCUUUGUGUCAGAGGAACACCCCAAAGAGGGGUUUGGGACAGACUGCAAGGAUGAACUGCAGGAGAGAAAUUUGGGAAUAUGUCUGUCACCAACACGGUGUUGGGCGUGGAUGUCACAGUCUGUGAGGAAGAGUCAAAGGAGAAAAUGUGCUUUUCUCAAUGCCAGCAGGAGAGGAACCUGGGAGGAAGCUGGUCCUGUGUAUUUGCUAAUGGAGAGAGCUGGAUCAGGUAGCACAAGCUGUUGAAACUAACUGCAGAAAAGUGUUUUCUAGGAGAACUUCCAAGUGCCAUUGAAAACAUCUCUCUGCUAAAGGAAAGAAGGGAAGAGGAGGAUCAUCAUAAUAUGUAUGAGUAUUCUACUUUAUCUACUACAUUACAGAAUCUAUACCAGAUAAAACAAAGUUAGUGUAUAAACCAGGGCCUCAGAAAGCCAAAUAACCAGCUCUGUUAACAGCUCUGGAACUGCAGCAGUACUGAAUAAAUCCCUAGCUGCCUUCCAGCACUGGGAAUAUCCAAGAACACCUGCAGAAGGAUGCAGUUAUGACACCUGGUGUGUGUCCUCACGUGAAUGUUGUGCCCACAGUGCUUUAGGAAAAAAUGGCGUGUGACUGAUUUCCCAGUGGUGCUGGCAGUUCCCUCCUGGCUCUGGCAGAUCAUCACAUGCAGCUGCUCAGAGCAUUUUUUAGAGGUGAAACCGCCACGAAAUAUCAAAACCUGGAAAUGAAAUAAUAAAUUAGUUAGAUUUAUAAAUGAAUAAAAUCUGGAAGUUAAAUAGCUAAUCAUUGCAGGGCAGGGUUCUCUUUCUUCCUUUUUUAAAGGGGCCUUUAAUCCUGGUCUAAAAGUUAAAUUUUUAGAAAGCAAACUAUUGUCUUUUCAUUAGCUGUAGUCCUGAGCCUUUGUCUAAGGAGCCUUCUCGUUCUAGAUUCAGUUGAGUUAAUUUCUUUCCAGAACCUGGGAUGGCUUCAACUUGGCAGAAAACUCAGGAAUUCUACAACUGAGAAAGUGGAGGUCCAAGGACAGACCUGUGGCCACUGGUCUACUCCCCACUUCCCCUCUCUGUGGUGGCACUGGGGCCCUCCUACAUGCAGCGGCAGAGGCGGCUGGAGCUGCGGGCUCUGCUGGUCGCCUACAGCCUGGCUGUGGUGGCACUAUCCAGCUACAUGUUCUACGAGGUGAGGAGGCAGGAUUGGCUCCUAGGUUCUGGUCAUUCAGUCUUGGCCAGCUACAGGUACCUGUGCCAGGCAGUGGAUCACAUCUGGAGUGAGCUGGGAAUGAGGAUGGCAAGAGUGUGUUGGUGGUUCUCCUCCAAAGCCGUCCAGCUCCUGGAUGCGGUUUUAAUUCUGGGCAAGAAACAAGAGCAGGUGACUUUUCUGCACGUGUACCAUCAUGGCUCUAUGCUCUUCAGCUGGUGGUCAGGGGUCAAAUACGUACCUGGAGGACAAGCCUUCUUUACUGGGAUGCUGAACUCCUUUGUCCACAUCUUCAUGUAUGACCACUACGCCCUGGCCAGCCUUGGACCGCGGAAGCGCCAGCACGUGUGGUGGAAGCAUUACCUGACCAUCCUGCAGCUGUGCCAGUUUGUGGCCAUUGCUGCUCAUUCUUCCUACAACCUCUUCACAGAGUGCCUGUACCCUGAUGGCUUCAACACCACAGUUUUCCUCUACAUCCUGGCUCUCUUCCUACACCUCUACUAUUGCACCUGCGUUAGGGGAAAGCAGGAAAAGCUGACUUAAAGGAAAUCAAAGAGGACAGUGAGCACAGUCUGAUGAACAUGCACAUUAUCUGCUGCUUGUGGCGUGGUUUCAGGAAGAAAAUGUAUUUGGGGAGUGUGUGUGAGGAUCAUGUCUUGCCUUCAAAUAUGCCAGGUUAGGGAGAAGAAAGGAAUGAUGUAAACUCAGGGAUUAAGGAACUGAGGAGCACAAUUAAGAUGAGGCCAAGCUAAGCCAAAUCAUCACCAGCAUAGGAGGCUUUGGGACAUUUACAAGAUAAGGUCUUUUUCCCUUCCAUCUUUAACUCAGUGUCCAAGGUCUAGCAGGCAGCUACAACUCCUUGCCUCCUUUCUUAGGCUAUUCAGGGCUUCUUUGCAUCCCUAAUACUAUCUCAGCUUGGUGUUGCAGAUCAGGCAGGGUCAUGUGCCUCCAGCCUGGAAAUCAAUGUCCAGGUAGCAGCAGCAGCAGCCAGGAAUCCACAGGGACUGCAGGAUGCACUCACCUGUACACUGCAUCCCACCCUGUCCUGCUAAGGAAGCUCCUACUAGGACUGGGGUGGUCCUGAUGGAUUAACUUCGUAUCAGUAUAAGCAGGAAGGAAAUUGGGCUUUAUGUUGUCUGGCUGGACAGGUGUCUUCACUGUUCUGAAGCUAAAGAAGGCAUUAUUAUUUCAUCCUAAUAAGAAACUAGUGCAGUGAGAGUUACCAUGUCCCAUUUUCUGGAAUGCUUGUUUGCCCUUGGUUGCUCUCAUAACAAUAGAGGAUUUUAAUGCAUGAAGAUACUUGGUAUUGCUCCUUACAGAUGCCACAAUUGAACUAAAAAGAAUAGAUUAAUGUUCCCUAUUCGUAACUUUUUUCCUCCAAUUUGUUUUUAUUUUUAAUACUGCUAUUUUAAAAUUUUGCUUCUCAUCAAACAUAAAGAAUUUGACAACACCAUAAGCAACCACCUCCACUUCCUAUUUGUAUAAAAAUUAAUACAAAAUUUAUAAAAUCAAUUCAUUGGCUAGUGCAAAGCUGCAUAGCUCCAUUGACUUUAACACAUCACUAGUUGGCUUCUCUUUUUGCUCCUAAAUCAACGACAACAAGAACUUGGCACUUAUAUUCACCUGCAGAUUGUUAAAUACUGUUAAAGUUUUGAUGUUGUAGUGCUUUGAAAAUCCUAAUUAAACUACAAAGUGGUAAUUAUUGAUUGAAUUCUGCUCAGUUGAUUAAAACACUACAUCUGAAUGUAUUAGAGAGUAGUGGUAUUUUGUGAAACACAAAGGUGUUAAAGGAGAAUUAGUGACAUGAUGCAUUGCCAAACCAAAUCCACCUCAAAUGUAAAGAAGUCCAACUCCACUGGGAAUGCCCAGAGGACUAGAGCUGGCCUGAACCUAGCAGAUGGAUGUACCCCAAAAUACCCUGUGUGCCCCACACCAAUCUGGAGUUGAGCGGCUACAAAAAAUAAAUUCAACUUGUUCCUCACUGCUCUGUGUUCGUAUCCCAGACCUUUUCCUCAGCCGCUCCACACACAUAUGGAAGAUAAAACAAUAUUCUGCUGUUCCUUGCCCUCCUCCUCUUCACACACAUCCACAAAGGACUUGUUUACACUGUCACAAGGGCACAUCAUAAAUGUCCUUCCUUUGAUCCGAGCAGUCUCUCUUCUGAUUGUCACUGGUGAGUAUGAGAAUCACUGCAUCUGUGCUAGUUGGUUUUCUUCCUGUCAAGUAUUUUCUGGGCUAAUUAAUAAAUAAAUAGUGACCCUUUUGCAUACUGGAAUUCUACAUUUGUCAGAAUUUUAACUAGCAGAUCCCUGGGUGAGUCCUUCAUUCCUCCCUUAGUUUGGAAAGACAGGAAAACAGGAUCUGCUGUGUGUCUAACAUACUGUAUUCAUGUGGAGGGUUUCCCCUGGGGCCUCUCCAGAGAUGAAGAUUCAGUGCAUGUAAAGCUGUUUCAUUACUCCUGUCCACUUAAUGAUUCAUUUAGGGCCCUCUCCUGCUUAAACCAUCAGUACAUUUGGCCCUCUAGUUUCAUGAUAGAGCAUUUCCUGCAGCUGGCUAAAUUAUCUGUGCUCACAAAGCAAUCUAAUGCUCUUUUUCCUAUACAUGAGUAGGUUUCAACCUCAGUUUCUCCUCACUUUAAUGUUUUCAGAAUGUAGUUACUAAGUUCACUCAUAAUUUUAUACCAGACUAAGCAUCAUGUAUUUUGAUUUUCUUUGAUUCAUGACUGCUUAAAAAUUAGAAAUGAGCACGAAAUCUGAAUGAGAUUACUCAAUGCUUUUCCACUCUUAAAAUAGAUGAAUUUGUAAACACGCCAUUUAGCUUUUUUUAAGGCAGCCUAUGCAGCUUAAUUCGUGUCUGUGUGUGACAGAGCAAUGGAUUCUGGAGUGUCACUGGCCACACAGGUGGUAACAAAACCUGAAGGUACAAAUCUGUCACCUGACAGCUUGAAGUGACUGAUCACCUAAAUCAGACACCUCUGUCACCAUUUGUUCUAGACACAAACCUUUGAUUUAUUCCUGUCCCUCUUCCUCACAGCCUGAGUGAGUGGCCUGAUCCUGAAUGAGUAAGAGCUUUUUGUUGGUGAGACUUCAGUGGCAUAGGAUGAAGUCUUUUCAGUUGACUGAUAAGGAGGGAUUAAGUUUGCCCAGAAACACCACGCUUUCCACACAGGAACAGAGACUGGCAUGGAGCACAGCUGUUACGGAAGCAUUGAUGCAAGCACAAUUCACUUGUGAGGGUAUUCGCACUGGCAGUGAGGAUAAAACUGCAGGGGUAUAGCUCAGUGGCUCUGUAGGUUGCUCCUUCAGAUUCCACGUGCUUAUCUUCAUUCUCCUGCUUUAAAAUUGGGUUAUCCCAGUUGGAACUGUCCACCUGGGCCACCCUAUUGUGACAAAACCCUGAGAGCACAGGUACAUGCUCCUGGAAUUUAACAGAGAAUAAAGGCACCGAAUGGGAUUUCCCCUCUAGAGAUCAAGUCCCUGGAGUUAAAGAUUACACCACAGCAAAGCACUGGAAGUGAGAAUGGGGGAAAAUUAUAAAUUGCAAGCUUGGAUGGCUCAUGCUGCCUGGUAGAGUCCAAAGCUUUGAGGAUGACUUGAAAAUAUCCUGUGGCAGCUGGAUUUGUGAAAAACCUCUGGGCAAAUGCUGAUUCCACCAAUAUCAGUGACAAAGGCUGCAGAUUCCUCUGGAAGGAGGCUGCCACAGCUGUGUGGAAAACAACAUGCUCGGCUCCACAGCCCUGUUUGCUGGGAGCAGGCUGGAGUGUUAUUCAAUCUUAACAGAUGACCUUUAAGGGCACGGUGGUGUGUAAGUCCCCCCUUAUAACAUGUGGGUCAUUAGACGUUCUCAGAGCAGUUUACAUGAACAAGAUGUAAAGCGCAGUGUAAGUAGGCUGGUGAAAUGAAUAAGCUUGAUAUCUGGUAGUGCUCAGCAUCUUUCCUGCUGUUCCAGUCAAUGUAAAUUAUGGAUGUUCUGAUCAAAUUACUUUUGAAUUAACCAGACCAUUUACUCAGUGCUUACUUUCUCUCUGAAGAUAAAUGAGAGGGAUUCUCAUUUUAAUCAAAACAAAAUACAGAAAAGAAAAUCAAUUACUAUGUAAUGUUUUUUCCAUCCCCGUGUGAUGGAAAGUUUCCAGAGGAACUUGGGCUUAAAAUUGCAAAGCAAUAUAAAAUGCAGGGACAUGGUUGCAUUUUAGCUAUUGGAUUUUUUUAUAUACUAUCAGAAAAUAUGGCUCUGUGUGUGGGUUGGUUUUUUUUUUUUUUUUAAAAGGCAAAAGAAUUACUCUAAACAAUUAAACAAGCAAAAGCAGAAUACAGUAGAUUGCUUUACUCGAAAAAUAAAAAUCUGUUGAUACAGAUGUAAACUACCUACAAGUCAAACAUUUAAAAAGAUCAGCCAGCCCUAUAUAUAGAACAGUGUGAAUGUGCUGAAUUCAUUAAUGAAUAGCUUCGUGGAUUAGGGCUUGAUAGAUGGAGUGCUCACAUCCAGAUGUUUACUGUGAUUUGUCAAUGGCCUUGUACUUAAUCCUCUUGGACAGGAAAUAUGAGUCUUUCCUCUGGGGUCUCCCCUGGGGACUGUGGCAGUCUCUCUCUCUGGCCUGAAUCAUCUCAACAUGGGAUCAGGCUGCUGAGGAAUUAACCAAGUGGCUGAGGGAUAGAUUUGCCUUUAACCCCUUUGGUUUCCUCUCACCUUCAGAUGAUUUCCUCACCAUCUGCCACAACCUCGCUAUUAUUUAGUCAACACAUGGAGAAGGAAAAAAAGGAGUCACCCGUGUCACCCUGGGGUCCUUGUACCCACAAAAUGUGCUGAGGGAGACACAUGGAGUCCCAUCAGUGCUGAGAAGGAGGGCUGUGGGCAGCCUCAAGAGCUUGGUGUGCCUCUCUUCACCUCUCAGCACUGUGUUUUUAUUUUUGGGAUGCUGCAACUCCCUGUCAGUGACAGGGAUGGCCCAGGAGGGCAUAUUUGUGAGAAGACUGGAUGUCCCCAGGGUGUCCUUGGUCAGGGUACCAGAGGGUGUAGUGUGUGCAUGAGUGUGUUUGGGUGUGGGUAGGUGAAUGCAGCCCCUGCAGACCAUCCCCACGGCUCAUUUCUCAAUAUGUGGGACCUCUCCAUGGGAUGGGUCUUUCAUUUCGCUGUGGGACACUGAAGGACAGCUCCCAGCAGCCACACCUGGCUAUGGAAUGGCACAGUGGGAGCUGGAGGGGCAGUGGGAGCAGCAGUGAAGGCUAGGUUUUGUUGUGGAUGUGCUGGAGUGUAAGGGACUGAUUUUCUGUGCUCAGGGUAGAAAAUACUUCUGGCUAAAUCACAAGUAUGGGGACAAAUAAAUUCUUUUCAGGGAGUGCCUGGUUAAAACAUCAGUACCGCAUCUCAGCACUAUUCUUCCCUAGUCUGCAUGUCAUCCUUUCUCUCCAGUACCUUGGCUUUCUGCUGCUCUUCAAGAGAGUGUUCAGGGUCUUUACACUGAGCUGAAAAAACGAAGGCUAUUAAAUAAAAAUUGUCCUUCAAAAUUCCCUGCUUGGAGUGGAUGUUCCUUCCCCUUUCAUGUCAUCCUCCCACUUUCUCUUGUCCCUUUUCUCUGCUCUUCUUUUGUAUGCAUGCAUACAGACACCAUAAUAGAUUUCUCAGACCUUUUCAAGCUGCAAAGAAAGUAGUUACAAGUUAUUCAAAUGCUGUACAGGCAGCUGCAUUUUUCUGAUCUAUCAAUUAAUAAUGUACAUUUUCUUCAUAGGAUUUUCUGCAAGGUUUCAUCCAGGUGAAUUUGGGCAAGUCUUUCUUUUUCUUUGUACUUCAGCAUAAUCCCAUCUGCCUUCAAAAUCAGGAUGCAAACACCGCAGCUUGAUACUUAGAAAAGGCUAGAAACUUGAACUUAAAUUCAGCAUGGUUCCUCCCAGACAUUCCCUGUUACUGAUGAAGGAAUGGCAAAAUGGAUACAACCAUCUGAGGGGCAGCAAGUUACUUCUCCUCUCUACACUUUAUUCUGCUCUGUGUGGUGCCCACCACCACAGAUGUCUGAGGAUGUUUUCUCCUGAAAUAAAUGGUUAUUCCUGAGGCAAUGUUUCGAGGGAGAAUGCCUUGCAUUACAGGAGCUGACGGAGUUGGAAAACUAGAACAGUUUUUGAGUGUGCAAUCCCUUCUCUGGUUGUAAUCCCUCAUGUGCAUUGGGAGCAGAUCAGCCACUCCUUGUUGGGGUGCACAGGUGUGUGUGUGUGUGGUGUGUCUGUAUUUGUUGUGGGUUUUGCUAGUCCCAAAGGGUGUUAUCCUACAUUUUGCAGGUUUAAUAUGUUAUUCCAUUAAAUAACUGUAAAUCAAAGGGCCGUUAUUUUCAAAGAACUUAUUUUCCAGAUAAUUUUGCUUCUACAAAUUACUUGUGUGAGUAAAGCGGUCCUUUACUUCACUGUCAUGGUGGCGAAACAGGUUGGCACUUCUGUGCUCAGUUCUUGGAGAUAAAAUGCAAGCCACCACUUACAGAAACCGCUUAAUACAAUUAUGGUUUUCUAUUUUGGCACUGCUUUUAAUAUCUUUGGGCAUAUUUCAUACACAGGGGUAAUGUUUUAAAUUUAGGGAAACCCACUAGUCACAGUGAAUCUAGAUUAAAUGUUUGAUGGAGCUAUGAGUAGUAACAUAAGGAUUUAGGAAAAAAUGUCACUGCAGCGAUGCCAACUGGAAGGCAAAAUGGUCACACUCAAUUUUGUUAGAAAACCAGAAACUCUACAAGACUGGAGUGGUAUAUAUACCUACAGGUUCUAAUCCUAUAGUAUUCGUAUACAUAUUUAGUGUCUUCCCCUGCAGACCUUGAAUAGAAUGGAUGAGUUUAUGGCUUGAACAUAGGAAGUAAGAUCUUAGCAUAGAUUGUAUUACUGAACUGUAAUUGAAGUAAUUGUGUAAAGCUGCUUGCUUCUCUCUAAUAAAACAUGCAUGUACUGAAA